AUGGCGCUGUAUGUGUCGCCGGGGUUUUCCCGUGCGGCAGAUGCGCACCUGCGGCUGGCGCUGAUGUUCAAGGCGCGGCGGCACUGGGCGGCGGCGGCGGUACACUUCAGACGCGCGCGCCUCGCGCCGCAUCAGGACGCCACCUUCACGCGUCUAGAGCUCAGCUUCCACGCCGCUCAUUUACUCGAAGCGAGAGGGCUAAGAAAAGCGGCACGUGAUGCCUACGAGCGUCUCUUAAAAGAACCUAAGCUGUCGUCGUCGUUGAAGGCUGAUGUGUGCCGGCAGUUAGGUUGGUUGUACCACCGCUGUGCAUCACUGGGUGAAGCACCAGCUCGGGCCCGCGCGGCCGUGUGGUGCCUUCAGCGGGCCGUCGCGGCGGAACCGGACUCGGGCGCAGGCCUCUACUUACUGGGCCGCUGCUUCGCCGCGCAGGGCAAGGUGCAUGAUGCUUUCAUCGCCUACAGAAACUCUGUCGAGAAGUCGGAAGGCAACGCUGAUACGUGGUGCUCUAUUGGGGUGCUCUACCAGCAACAGAACCAGCCGAUGGACGCGCUGCAGGCGUACAUUUGUGCGGUGCAGCUGGACAAGGGGCACUCGGCCGCGUGGACGAACCUCGGCAGUUUGUACGAGAGCUGCCAGAUGGCCCGCGACGCUUUCGCGUGUUACAGCAACGGAGGUUCGGCGGCCGUCGCAGCGCACGCGCCGCUCAGGCAGCGCCUCGCCUUCUUGCGAGCGCACCUCGCGCACGCGCCCAUGCCGUCUGUUACGGGCAAACGGCGUCAGUUGCCGUCGAUCGAGGAGGCGUGGAACCUGCCUAUAUCUGCGGAGAUGUCGUCCCGCGCGCCCAAGUCCGCGCCGCCGCCGUACCCCGGCAAGCGCGACGAGGCGGCGCCCGCGCCCGCCGCCGCGCCCGCUCCCGCGCCCGCCCCGCUGUCGCACCACCAGCUGCAGACGCUGCAGUACCUGCAGCGCAACGCGCACAACCUCUCCCCGCAACAACAAGCGUUGAUGCAACAACUGCUGUCACAGUACCGUCUAGCGCAAGCGGCGAGAGCGCGUGCGGUGACGAAAAGCGAAGGUAGCAGCGCCAGUGGCGGAGAGAGCGCGGAGUCUCUCGCUGAAGAUCUGCUAAAGAGGUUUUCGGACUCGCAGCCAGAGAUCAAAAAGGAACCCUCCACAACUGAAAAUACGAGCAACGGUAGCAAUAGCAGCGAGGCGGUACUUGGUGGCCGACAACCCGUCGUCAAGCUCGAGCCGCUCAAAACUGAUCCCCACAAACCUGUCACCUUCCAUAUCGGCAUGAGCGCCAAACAGAUACUCGACACUUGCAAGGAGAACGCGGGCCCGGCGACGGCGUGGUCGGUGCUGGGCGACGGCUGCGGCGCGCCCGAGCCGCCGCCCGUGCCAGCACCGCGCCUGUCCGCCGAGCAGCUGGCGCCGCCCGCGCCCUUCGUCUACGUCGAGUCCAAGCGCGACGCCUUUUCGCCGCAGCUGCAGGACUUCUGCCUCAAGCACCCCAUCGCCGUCGUGCGCGGCCUCACCGCCGCGCUCAAGCUCGACCUAGGCCUCUUCUCUACCAAAACGCUCGUGGAGGCGUGGCCCGACCACGCGGUCGAGGUGCGCACGCAGCUCAUGCAGUCCGCCGACGAGAACUGGGACCCGAGCGGGCGGCGGCGCGUGUGGGCGUGCGCGUCGCACCGCUCGCACACGACGGUGCGCAAGUACGCGCAGUACCAGGCCGGCUCGUUCCAGGAGUCGCUGCGCGAGGAGCGCGAGCGCGGCGCCGUGCCAGCGCACUCGGCCGGCGCGCUGUCCGACUCGGACGGCCGCGAGUCCGGCGGGCCCGCCAAGCGCCGCAAGAGCGCGCGCAUGCUCCGCUUUGGCACCAACGUCGACCUCUCCGACGAGCGCAAGUGGCGCCCCCAGCUCACGGAGCUGCAGAAGCUGCCCGCCUUCGCGCGGGUCGCCUCCGCCGCGAACAUGCUCUCCCACGUCGGCCACGUUAUCCUCGGCAUGAACACCGUCCAACUGUACAUGAAGGUGCCUGGCAGCCGGACGCCCGGACACCAAGAGAACAACAAUUUCUGCUCGAUAAAUAUCAACAUCGGACCCGGCGACUGCGAGUGGUUCGGUGUUCCGGACGCUUAUUGGGGUGGAGUUCGUGAGCUCUGCGACCGCCACGGUCUUUCAUAUCUUCACGGGUCCUGGUGGCCCGACCCGGAGGAACUUCGAGCGCACGGCGUACCCGUGUACAGAUUCACCCAACGCCCCGGAGAUCUAGUGUGGGUGAACGCCGGCUGCGUACAUUGGGUGCAAGCUACCGGCUGGUGCAACAACAUCGCUUGGAACGUCGGACCGUUGACAGCUCGUCAGUACACUCUCGCGCUGGAGCGCUACGAAUGGAACAAAGUACAGAACUUCAAGUCGAUCGUGCCCAUGGUUCACUUGACGUGGAAUCUGGCGCGAAAUAUUCGCGUUUCCGAUCCGAGACUGCACCGUGCGAUGAGAACAUGUCUCAUGCAGACUUUGCGGGCGGCGGCCGGCACACUCAACGUGGUUCGCGCUCGAGGUGUUCCGAUUCGCUUCCACGGUAGAGCGCGCGGGGAAGCAUCGCACUACUGUGGCGCGUGCGAGCGCGAAGUGUGGCACGCACUUCUCGUCCGCGAACACGAACGACGUCAUGUCGUCCACUGCCUCGCUUGUGCUCGCCGAGUCAGCCCCACGCUGAGCGGUUUCCUAUGCCUCGAAGAACACCACCUUGAAGAACUUGCGCAGGUUUACGACGCGUUCACUCUGCACCGUUCCGCUCCCCUGGCUGCACCCGUACAAAUACCGUCACUCGUGCCUACUCCCGAUUGA